AUGUUGGGCCCUACCUUUGUUCUGUGGGAUGUGGGAUCUCCUUUAUAUACUUAUGGAUCCAUCUUCAUUAUUGCAUUAAUUAUUUGGCAAGUGAAAAAGAACCGUCAAGAAUUAAGAACAGAACAUAUUAAGACCUGUUGCCAGCGUCACCGAAAAGUCAAACAAAGAUCUAGAGACAGAGCAUCAAAAGCUAAGAUGACAUCCCAAGAAGAGGCAGAGAAGCUUCGGAAGCUGCUCUCUGUCAUGAAAAGCCAGGGCUGGCUUCCUCAAGAGGGAAGCGUGCGGCGGGUCCUGUGUGCAGAUCCUGGCUGCCAAAUCUGCAAUGCCAUGGCUCUGGAAAUUCAGCAGUUGCUGUCUGAAGCCCCAGAAGUUGACUUGGAAAAUAAGAUGACAUUCUUUUCACACUGGAUUAACCCUGAAGUGAAAGGUCAGAGGCAAGAGGCCCCCAUUCCUUCCCAGAAGGCGGAGACAGUGACCAAAGCCAGGUCAGAAAUUGAGAAUAAAAUCGCCAACAAAGUCCAGGAUUCAGAAGUUCCUUUGGAGAAGAGAACAAAGAGCUCCAAUGUUCUUUUUCUCCCUACUGAGAAGAAAAGCUUGAUCUUCUACGAUGCCCAAAGUACUCCUGCCAUCAGCUCAAAAAGUUUUGCUAGAGCUCAGCCAGUCCUAGGGUUGAACCCAUAA